AUGUCAGCACCAAACCCAAAAGCUUUUCCAUUAGCUGAUUCAGCUUUAACACAACAAAUAUUAGAUGUUGUUCAACAAUCUCAAAAUUUAAGACAAUUAAAGAAAGGAGCAAAUGAAGCUACAAAGACUUUGAAUAGAGGGAUUUCCGAAUUCAUUAUCAUGGCUGCUGAUACGGAACCAAUUGAAAUUUUGUUACAUUUACCAUUAUUGUGUGAAGACAAAAACGUACCUUAUGUUUUUGUUCCAUCAAAAGCAGCUUUAGGUAGAGCUUGUGGAGUUUCAAGACCUGUCAUUGCUGCUUCGGUUACAUCAAACGACGCCUCCUCCAUCAAAAACCAAAUCUACGGAAUUAAAGAUAAGAUUGAGACUUUAUUGAUAUAG